UGAAAUAUUUGCUCGUUCAGGUUGUUAGACCAGAGACCAGUCAGCGACUCUUCAGCUCCAACGAGCAGGACCACCUCUCGUCAGUGUCUCUGACAACGCUGUAGAUAAAUAUGUCCAAGUUGGAGCAAAUCCUUGUUCUCGAUCCCCCCUGUGACCUCAGAUUUAAAGGUCCCUUCACUGAAGUCGUCACCACCAACCUGAAGCUGAAGAACCCGUCUGAUAGAAGAGUAUGUUUCAAAGUGAAGACCACAGCUCCCAAGAGAUAUUGUGUACGGCCCAACAGCGGCAUCAUCGAUGUAAGUGCUACCGUCACCAUCUCUGUAAUGCUCCAGCCCUUCGACUACGACCCCAACGAGAAGAGCAAACACAAGUUCAUGGUCCAGAGUAUCUUUGCUCCUCCUAAUGUGGCUGAGAUGGAUGCAAUGUGGAAAGAUGUGAAACCCAAUGACCUCAUGGAUUCCAAGCUGAGAUGUGUAUUCGACCUGCCUUCUGAAAACAAUGAAGUGAUCGACGUGGAGUUGAGCAGCAACGCGACGGCUCCCGUGCUGAACUCGUCCAAGGCUUCUCCCGUGCUGAACUCGUCCAAGGCUUCUCCCGUGCUGAACUCGUCCAAGGCUUCUCCCGUGCUGACAGCGGCGAAGACCGCCAGCGUCUCGACCAACGGCUCUGAGAUGAGGAAACUAACAGAGGAAUUCAGGAGACUUCAGGCUGAGAUGGACAAGCUGACCGGUGAAAACCGUCAACUCAAGGACGACGGUGUUAGAAUGAGAAGGGCUGCCCAGCGUUCUGACCACAUGACAUCAAACCAGACGGGCUCCUCCUCCUCCUCCAUGAUGCAACAGACGACCGCCGCCUCCCUCCCCGCUCUCCUCGUUGUCAUAGCAGCCAUCUUCAUCGGAUUCUUCAUCGGGAAGUUCAUCUUGUAAACUGGAGCUGGCUCUGAAAUGACACCUUAUUUUCUAUUUUGUGCACAAUUUUUUUGUUGUUGUUGAGCAGAACCGAUAGGGAGUCCCAUAGGGGCCUCUGGUUCAAAGUAGGGCACUACAUAGGGAAUAGGGUGCCAUUUCGGACAGCGCGCCCUGGGAGACGCAAGACGCCUGCCGUAUCUAAUGACAACCCCUCGGCUCCUGAAUCAAAAGGCCGAAAGGGUGGAACUGACUAACCAAGAAGGAAAGACUGUGUUGCCGUAUCAGAAGCUCUGUCUGCAGCGGCCAUGUUGUCUGUCUGUACAGCCCCCCCACUGCCUUUCUACAAGCCUUUACACAUGGUUAGUGUAACAUGGUUAGUGUAACAUGGUUAGUGUAACAUGGUUAGUGUAACAUGGUUAGUGUAACAUGGUUAGUGUAACAUGGUUAGUGUAACAUGGUUAGUGUAACAUGGUUAGUGUAACAUGGUUAGUGUAACAUGGUUAGUGUAAGGAAGAUAACAAAAAAGAUGGUUCCGUUUUAGUUUGUUUCUGCUUUGUUUUUGAUGGAUGGACAGACAGCCUAAGUGCAGGUAUGAGAUGUACCGAAUAGCACCUUAAUCCCUGCAUAGUACACUACUUCUAAUGGUCCUGGUCGACAGUAGUGCACUACCCAAGGAAUAGGGUGCCUUUUGGUGGACACACAGGUAGUGGUACACUAUCGAUCAACACAGAGGACAGUUUAUGACGUGCCUAGGCCCUGUUAGAGUACUUUAACGCACCGUUCCUACCUUACGAGGUAAGCAUAGCUCCAUUAGUGGUUAGACCGGUGAAAAGACCCCCCUAUUACUUUACCCAAUUCAGAUCUGUGAUUCCUUCAAGGAAGAUGGCUAGGAAGGAACUUAUGCAUGAUGGGUAGGAAGGGAACUUAUGCAUGAUGGGUAGGAAGGAACUUAUGCAUGAUGGGUAGGAAGGGAACUUAUGCAUGAUGGGUAGGAAGGGAACUUAUGCAUGAUGGGUAGGAAGGGAACUUAUGCAUGAUGGGUAGGAAGGGAACUUAUGCAUGAUGGGUAGGAAGGAACUUAUGCAUGAUGGGUAGGAAGGGAACUUAUGCAUGAUGGGUAGGAAGGGAACUUAUGCAUGAUGGGUAGGAAGGGAACUUAUGCAUGAUGGGUAGGAAGGGAACUUAUGCAUGAUGGGUAGGAAGGAACUUAUGCAUGAUGGGUAGGAAGGAACUUAUGCAUGAUGGGUAGGAAGGGAACUUAUGCAUGAUGGGUAGGAAGGAACUUAUGCAUGAUGGGUAGGAAGGAACUUAUGCAUGAUGGGUAGGAAGGAACUUAUGCAUGAUGGGUAGGAAGGAACUUAUGCAUGAUGGGUAGGAAGGAACUUAUGCAUGAUGGGUAGGAAGGAACUUAUGCAUGAUGGGUAGGAAGGAACUUAUGCAUGAUGGGUAGGAAGGAACUUAUGCAUGAUGGGUAGGAAGGAACUUAUGCAUGAUGGGUAGGAAGGAACUUAUGCAUGAUGGGUAGGAAGGGAACUAUGCAUUUCUUAAGUAUUGGAACACGGUCCUAGUCACCAUGGGGAGUUGAAUAAACCAAUCGUCUUCUCUCGCUUUCUCCCUCUUUUUUUUUUUUUUUAUUCAAAAAAAAAAAAUAGUACUUGAAUGUUAUGGUAAGUGAAAAACGUUAUUUUAAUCCUUUUUUUAAGCUAAAAAUGAGAACUACUUCUUCCGUUGUCCAAACACAGACCACCUCGCUACUUAAUGCAGGAUCGCCUCUGAUUUAGUCCGUAACAAAAUGGUACUCCUAUUUCCUGUAUAAUGUCCUGCUUUUCACCAGCAGGGUGAUCUGGUAUAAAAUAGUGCACUAUAUGGCUGGAUGGAUAUACGGACGGAUAGAUGGGGUGUCAUUUGGGGCGAAGACGUUGACUACUUGAUUUGUUCAGUUUAGUAAUUUCUCUACUUUUUCUCUGGGAAAUGUUUCUAGUCCAUCUUGGACAUAGGUCCUUACCUACUUCCUGUCCAAUCCUAUCCCUACUUCCUGUCCAAUCCUAUCCCUACUUCCUGUCCAAUCCUAUCCCUACUUCCUGUCCAAUCCUAUCCCUACUUCCUGUCCAAUCCUAUCCCUACUUCCUGUCCAAUCCUAUCCCUACUUCCUGUCCAAUCCUAUCCCUGACGAUACGAAUGCAGACUUUAUUAUUAUUGUUUUUCUCUCAUCAUAUUACACCCCUCCUUACCUUCUGAGGCAAAUGUUCUUAACCCCGUCCCUCCCAUGGUAUUAAGCAUUGAAGAAAUAAAACUGAAAACAA